AUGGCGCAGUUGUCAAGAGUGGCCGUUGACAAGGGCUGGUAUUUCAAGCAGGCGAGCAAGCUCAAUGAUUCCACUGCUUCCUCUUUCCUCCCCGUUGCCCAGUUCCCAACUGUUGCGCACAUUGACCUUCUCCAUCACAAUCUUAUCCCAGACCCAUACAUUGACGACAAUGAGAUCCCCUGCCUUUGGGUCAACGACGCCGACUGGACAUACCGCACAUCCCAGAUCCCUGAGGUCGAUGUACUCAAGUCUGGACAGCGUGCCGUGCUUGUCUUUGAGGGGCUAGACACGGUGGUCGACGUUUUCCUCAACGACCAGCACAUCCUGGCUAGCAAGAACAUGCACUUGCAGCAUAGAGUGGAUAUCACCGAUUCGCUGAAACAAGCCAAGGGCAAAAGCGUGCUCGAGCUUCGCUUCCGGGCUGCCCCUGCCUUCGCGAGAGAAGAGAAAAAGCGCGUUGGCUAUAAGGGCGAUGAAACACAGGUCAAAUACGGCGGACCGGAGAGGCUGUUUCUACGCAAGGCGCAGUACCACUGGGGGUGGGACUGGGGCCCAGCAGUCAACACCUCGGGGCCGUGGAGGCCUAUAUACCUCGAGUGUUUUGAGAAAAGGGUCGAUCAACUCCUUAUCCGACAGCAAGUCUCUCAUGACCUGAAGACUGCUUUGCUGACUAUCAAAGGGUCGGUGGAGGGUGUAUCCUCAGGAGAAGAGGUUGUCUUGGAACUUCAGGAUCCAUCUGGUGCUGUUGCCCAAACCCAUCGUAUCAAGGCAGAGGAUGGCAGGUUCCAGUCCGAGAUCAUCGAGGAGCAGCCUCAGCUGUGGUAUCCUCAUACAUAUGGCGGUCAGCCUCUCUACACUAUCAUCGCCAAGAUCCCGAACUACGAUAGCAAGAGUCAACUCAUCGGCCUGCGUCGGCUCCGCCUGCUCCAGCACUCUCUGGAGCACGCACCUGGCACCUCCUUCGUCUUCGAAAUCAACAACGUCCGCAUCUUCUCCGGCGGCUCGUGCUGGAUCCCAGGCGACUUCAUGCUGCCACGCAUGACGCGCCAGCGCUACGCCGACUGGCUGCAUGUCGCCAAGAGCGGGAACCAAACCAUGAUCCGCGUUUGGGGCGGUGGCAUCGUCGAGUCAGACGACUUCUAUGACGUUUGCGACCGCGAAGGUGUCCUUGUCUGGCAAGACUUUCCCUUUGCUUGCGGAAACUAUCCUGCCUCCAAGGACUUCAUGGAGAACGUCAAGGUGGAGGCCGAGCAGCACCUGAGACGCGUGGGUCACCAUGCGAGCCUGGUGAUAUGGGCGGGCAAUAACGAAGACUACAUGGUGGCUCAGAGGUAUGGGUGGGAGCUCGAUAUGAGUGACGAAAGCGGCCCGUGGGAUAAGACCAAUUUUCCGGCUAGGGAGAUUUAUGAGCGGUUGCUACCGGGUCUAGUUGAGGAGCUGGGUGGCGAUGUUCCGUACUGGCGGAGCAGUCCUUAUGGAGGUUCCUUCUCAAAUGAUACCACGGUUGGUGAUGCCCACAUCUGGGAUGUCUGGCAUGGCAAGCUAUCCCCGUACCAAGACUACAAGAACUACACGUCUCGUUUCAUCAGCGAGUUUGGCUUCGAGUCUUGUCCCUCUUUACGCACCUUCCACCGCGGCAUAACUGUAGCCUCAGAGCGGCACGCCCAGUCCCGCUUGUUUGACAUUCACGACAAAGGGCCGGGUCACUCAAGAAGAUACCCCAUGUACAUGGGCGAGAACUUCCGGUUCCGAAUGAACCCUCUCAGAGACUUUGUCUACUGCACCCAGUUCCUGCAGGCCGAGGCCAUGAAGUACGCGUACAACUGCUGGCGACGCGAGUUCCGCGGCCCCGGGCAAGAGAACUGCGCUGGUGUGCUAGUGUGGCAGCUCAAUGAUAUCUGGCCGGGCACAAGCUGGGCUCUGGUUGACGUCGAUCUGCAGCGCAAACCCGCCUAUUACAUCACGAAGCGGGCGCUUGCCAAGGUCGUCGUGGGCAUGGAGCGGACCGUUACCGGACAGCCGCUGUACAUCGUCACGGGUUACCCGCCAGAAAAGCAUGCACUGGAUGUCUGGGCCGUUAACGGCGCGCUGGAGCCACUCAGAGCCACACUGAAGCUGAGCGCGUUCAAUAUCGAGUCUGGGGCUCAGGUUUCACUGCCCAAGAACGUUGCUGAGCGAGAAGUUAUCCUUGCGCCAAACCAGACAACUGAAAUCACGAGCAUCAGCAUUCCAGAUCCAGACCACACCGUCAUAGCAGCGUUCCUUGACGACCCAGCCACAUCUACGCGCCUUGCACGCUGGGUGUCCUGGCCUGAACCUAUGAGGCUGAUACGCUUCUCGCCGAACCUGCAAGUCAGUAUUGAUGUCUCCAAGACUGGCGACAAAGUAGCCAUUAGCGCCAAUGCUCCUGCCAAGGGAGUCAUGCUUUCUGUGCCGCUGGCUGAGGGAGGCCAAGACGCGGUCUUUGACGACAACUUUAUUGACUUGGUCCCAGGUGAGACCAUCGAUAUUGGUGUCCAAGGCCUCGACGGAAGGAGUUUGCAGCCGCGAUUCUUGUGUGACUGGGAGCUGGAGGAGGGGUUCGAGCUGUAG